AUGCAUAUCAUCAAGCCAGUUUGGCUUACACACGGAGAUGGCUACGUACGCAUCUGGUCCACCGAGGCCAUCUACAAUACGGGCAAUGCGGACUUCGCCAGCAAGCCGAAGCAACUUGCGUCUAUGAGCAACCAUUCCGGCACCAUUCACACAGUGCGCUUCUCGCCAAAUGGGAAAUAUCUCGCAUCCGGAGCGGAUGAUAAGAUUGUUUUAAGUACAGUGCGGAUGAACCAAGCCCUAGCGCUGAUAGUAUAUGCAGGCUCGGAUGAAGCACCCCCGGUCGAGAACUGGCGCACGAUUAGACGAUUGAUUGGCCACGACAACGACGUUCAGGAUCUGGGAUGGUCGUACGAUUCCUCAAUUCUGGUGUCCGUUGGACUCGACUCAAAGGUGGUGGUGUGGUCCGGACAUACAUUUGAGAAGCUCAAGACGAUAUCAGUCCACCAGAGCCAUGUCAAGGGUAUCACCUUUGAUCCUGCAAAUAAGUACUUUGCUACGGCAAGCGACGACCGUACAGUCCGCAUCUUUCGAUUCACCUCGCCUGCGCCAAACUCGACCGCGCACGACCAGAUGAAUAACUUUGUUCUGGAGCAUACCAUUUCCACUCCGUUCUCCAAUUCUCCUCUCACUGCCUACUUUCGUCGAUGCUCGUGGUCGCCUGAUGGGAUGCACAUCGCUGCCGCGAACGCAGUCAACGGGCCUGUCAGCUCGGUCGCCAUUAUCAAUCGCGGUUCUUGGGAUGGCGAUAUCAACCUCAUCGGCCAUGAAGCGCCGGUUGAAGUCUGCUCGUUCUCUCCGCGGCUUUAUCUCACUGAGCCACCCAAGAAAAGCCAGGUCGACAGUCAAGGUCAUUCGACACAGCCUCAUAUCACAGUCAUUGCAUGUGCCGGUGGGGACAAGUCGUUGAGUAUUUGGAUUACAAGCAAUGCUCGACCGAUGGUGGUGGCACAGGAACUGGCCGCCAAGGCCCUCUCUGAUCUGGCCUGGAGCCCCGAUGGGUCAUGUCUCUUCGCCACUGCCCUGGACGGCACGAUUUUGGCCGUCCGCUUCGAAGACGGCGAGUUGGGAUAUGCCACAGAGUUUGAAGCAAAUGAAAGGUCCCUGUCCAAGUUUGGAACAAACCGGAAAGGAGCUGGUAUCACGGAGACGACAGAUGGGUUACUCCUAGAAGAGAAGAGCAAGGCUGGCGAGAUCAAGGACGUGGAGGGACGAAUGGGAGCGCUGAUGGGUGACGGCCCUGCCGCGGCAAAACCCAAGGUCAAUGGAGGAGUGUCGAACAGCGGGACUCCUGCCCGAGGACCCUCGCCUGCACCCGACACUGCGAAGACGCAGCCGAACGGUGCAGCAUCGACUCCUGGCACUGAAUCUGAGAAACAGAAACCCGAUCCCCACCAGGCCAAGCUGGAGAAGCUCAAACAGCGUCCAACAUUCACCAAAGAAGGCAAGAAGCGCAUUGCACCCCUGUUGGUCUCAAGCUCGGGGGCUGGUGAGUCAUCACUGCCUCAGGCUCGUCUGAUGGCUUCGGUUGCCAGUCAAGUCAAAGCCGACGCUCCGACAUCUCUCGUCGAUCUUUCAAAGCCCUUUGAUGGACUUCCCAAAGGUGGUUUGACUGCAUUGCUUCUUGGAAACAAGCGCAAGCUGGCUCAAAUUGAAGGCGAAGAAGGAGAAAAUCAAGUAGAGAAGCGUAUCGCCCUGACCAGCCAGAACGGUGCCGCUCCGAUCCUUGCUAACACUCCCGAUGGCCUCCUUCCCGCCCAGCCACAACCUGGUGCGACAGGGCAGCAGCCAACUCCGGAAUUUAUACGCCCUGCCGUGACGAAUCCAUGCAUGUCCGUUAGCCAGCUUCGGCUCGCGGUCCCCAAGAUUCGCAGUUUUAUCCUGCGUGCACUUGACGCUAACGGCAAGCCGACUGAACCGCCCGGUCCUGCUGGGGACACGAGUAGCAAGACAAGAGUUGACGUGGUGUUCGAAGCUCGGAAUCCCUCGCCGGCAAGUUUGACUGGCCGAGCAGUGGACCGAGAGCCGGUGCGUCUUACCCUUUCUCGUGGGGAGCAGCCACUGUGGCAGGACUUCCUGCCCAGAACCGUGCUUCUUGUGACCGGGAAUCAAACAUUUUGGGCAGCUGCAUGCGAGGACGGAUCAAUUUAUCUCUGGACCCCCGCUGGCCGUCGCCUGGUGAGUGCCUUGGUCUUGGAAGCACAGCCUGUAAUGCUGGAAAGCAACGGUCCAUGGAUUCUGUGCAUCUCCGCAGUGGGAAUGUGCUAUGUCUGGAACGUGAAACACCUAUCAUCCCCACACCCGCCAGUGUCCCUGCAGCCCGUCUUGGACGCUGCCAUACACACACUCGGCGCGCACCCCACCGCCGCGCCGGCUGUGACCGAUGCGCGCAUCAACUCCGAGGGCCGCAUUGUCGUAUCUUUGUCGAACGGCGAGGGCUACUCCUACUCCCCAUCCAUGUACUCGUGGCAGCGAAUCUCCGAAACCUGGUGGGCCGCCGGCAGCCAGUACUGGAACACAACAGACACGCCGGUCAGCAACCUGAAGUCCACGGACGCGUCGCAAGAUACCAAAGACGCCAAGGCGGCCGUCUCGGCUGGCAUCAUCCCCUUUCUGGAGCGCAAUACCACGAAUGAGACCCUGCUCCGCGGCCGGGCAUACUUCCUCCAGCGACUCAUUAAGGUCUUGCUCUCGCGCGAAGGCUACGAGACCUUCGAAUCGAGUGUCUCCAUUGCACAUCUUGAGAACCGCCUCGCUGCCGCCCUCUCUCUGGGCGCUAAGGAGGAGUUCCGGCUAUACCUAUCGAUGUAUGCGAAACGUAUUGGGGCCGAGGGGCUGAAGAUGAAGGUAGAGGAGCUCUUAAAGGGUCUGAUGGGUGGUCUGUUCGAGGACGAAGAUCCCAACGCCGUUGUCUCCAAGCUGCAAGCCAAUGAGCGCGAGGGCCGCAGUUGGCGCGAGGGAUCGGAGGACUUGUGCGGCUGGCCGAGAGAGGUGUUGUUGAAGGAAGUCAUCCUUGCACUUGGAAAACACCGCGACCUCCAGCGUGUGACUGUCCCUUACGCUAAGCUACUAGACCUAGUCGACAGCACGGAGCAGGGCGAUGCCAUGGACCUUUAA